UUUUUCUUUCAAGAAUUUUACAACUGAUUUAAAUUUUCUGGCUUCUCCCUCCAAAAUGCCUGCACUUGCUGAUCAAAUCAACGUCAACGUAUCGCCACUACCGUAAGAGCUCUAGGAAACAUGCAGUGAAAUUAAACUUUACUAACCUGUUGGCAGUUCACAUUAACAUAGUGCGCUUGCGCAAUUUUCAGAGUUCUACAGUUUGGUACUCUGAUCUGUAUUUUUUUUAAAUAACCUUUAUUGAACCCUCUGAUCGGUCACUGCUUUGGUAGAUGUAAGGUCCUUUUGCGCAUGCGCAGAGUGAUAAGGUCGCCGUUAGAGUUUGGGGUGCUACAUCUUCUUUAACUAGCCACCAUGUCUUUGCCACAUGCUAAAAGCAGCAGCAUAAUUAAUACUCGCUCUAGAGUAAGAACGGAGUUAACCAACCCGGAACAGAAGAAAAGAAAAAGGAAGCAAAUGGACCAUGCUAGUAGUGAACCUGAUCAAGGUACAAUGUCACCAACUGCACAGCUUUCAUUAAAAAAACAGCAGCAAGAGAUACAGCUGCUGAAGCAAAAACUGCUGAGUCAGCAGGAAGUUAUUGAAGAGCUUUCAACAGAAAGAGACUUACUAAAAGAACAGCUAACACAACAGCCUCCUCAGCCAUCAUCAAGUGUUGUUGCACUGCGUGGGAAACGGGACAAAACACCUCACAUGCAGUCAAGUUCUUCAGAGUCAAGCAGUACUUCGAUAUCGAGUGACUCAUCAUUUGAUUCUUCAUCUGACUAUUCUUCUUCUGACGAAACUACAAAGAAGAAGAAAAGGAAGAAGAAGAACAAGAAGAAGAAAACAAAAAUAAUGAAAAAACACAAGAAAACAGACAGGGCUGGGGAAAAGACACACAACAAAGCUUACAGAGAUGUCAAGAGAGCUCGUGAUCCAGAUGACAUUGUGGAGAGGUACACCAAAGUUUUAAAGGCGUUUAAAAAAGGACUCACCAUGUCCGGAGCUUUCCAAAAAGUGGGGGUGGACCGAAACACAAUAGUCAACAACGCUCCAGUUGCAGAACUUGCCAUCGCAGACCAAAACAAAUUCUCAGAGCUAAAAAACUGUCACUUGCCCAAUGACAAGCUGAGUGAUUUCAUCAAGUCUUGCAUCGAAGAAAUAAAAGUCAAUUCAGAAAUUGGAGAAAAAAUCAAACAACUAAAAGCUAAUGGGCAGUUACUGCCCAUAGGCAAGGGCAGGUUUUGAAAAGUUGUUUGUAAACAUCUGUUAGUUUCGAAGAGUUCAGAAAAGGUUUAAGUUUUUCUCACUUGUUAUAAUGUUCUUUAUUUAAAGUUUGAAAGUGAUUUCAUUUAGUUUAUAUUACAGCAUGUUUGAAAAUGUGUAGAUUGUUUUUAUUGUUACAGAAUCUUUUUUUUAAUAUUUCAGUUGCCAUGUUAUAUAUAAAGUUCUUUUUACAAGCUUUAUGCUUUGUGGUUGUUUGUGGUAAAAACAUCCGACACCUUAGUUGAGGUGCUGCAAGACAUUCAAUAAACUGCUAACAAAGUUAGUUAAUACGUUUGUUAAGCUUAUAAGCAGUUUAGUAAUGUGGACUUUGGUCACACUUUAGUUGAGGUGCUGCAAAACAUUCAAUAAACUGCUAACAAAGUUAGUUAAUACGUUUGUUAAGCUUAUAAGCAGUUUAGUAAUGUGGACUUUGGUCACACUUUAGUUGAGGUGCUGCAAAACAUUCAAUAAACUGCUAACAAAGUUAGUUAAUACGUUUGUUAAGCUUAUAAGCAGUUUAGUAAUGUGGACUUUGGUCACACUUUAGUUGAGGUGCUGCAAAACAUUCAAUAAACUGCUAACAAAGUUAGUUAAUACGUUUGUUAAGCUCAUAAGCAGUUUAGUAAUGUGGACUUUGAAGACAAUAGUCUGACUUUAGAUAUU